AUGUCGUCAUCUGAUCAAAUCCCUGCUUCAUCCAAUGAUGAUAGUUUCGGUCAUCAUAAUAAACUUCAUUUUAAUUCCGAGGCCAAAAAGUAUGAUAUAGAUCCAUUGGCUUUAACGAUUUCAAAAAAAUGUGGCGAAGCCAUCAUCAAAGAAUUAAGGAGUGAAUUGGAUCCAGAAAAAACCGAAGUUAUGGAUUUUGCUUGCGGAACCGGAUUGAUUUCUCAAGCGUUGUCCCCUUAUGUGAAAUCUAUCAUUGGUGUCGACUCGUCUCAAAACAUGGUUGAUGAAUAUAAUAAAAAAGUCUGGCAACAAGGUAUUGAUGCAAGUGAAAUGAAAGCUAUUUGUUUGGAUCUAAAAGAAUCUGAAGGUGAUCAAUUAGAUGGGAGAAAAUUCGAUUUAGUUGUGGUGGAUCCUGAAACUAUUGAUCAUUUUAAUAGGCUUGGUGAUAAACAUAAACACGUUGAACACACUGUGGCUCAUAAAGGUGGUUUUUAUCAUAAUGAAAUCGAAGAAGUUUUCCUGAAUACUGGAGUUUUAGAUGAUGUUAAAGUUGAGCUUUCAUUUACUUUUAAUCAGUUUAUUGAAAAAGAUCAAAAGGAAUGUACUUUUAAAUAUUUGAUCGCUAAAGGUAGAAAGAAGGAGUAG